UUCAAAUGUGAGGUGAAAUGGAGUGGAGCAUAUCAAGAUGGGGCUGGUUUGACUCUAGGGGAGGAGGUGGAGCAGUGUAAUGCCUUUUUGUCAAGGAUUGCAGUUACCACAAAACACAUGUCCAAAGCAGGACGGAGGGACAUGCUAACUCUUAUGGUCAUGCGCUGGAAUCAACAAAAGCUAGACCAGUUGGCCACCUCUCUGACCCAUCGAUAUCAGAAGGCCACAAAAGCUCUUCUAACCCAGCUUCAGAACCUGGAGUCCUUAAAAGUCCAAUUAGCAGUGACUGACAGUCAACUGGAUGAAUGGGUCAGUGAUGUAAAGGAUUGGGCAGAAGACUCUGUCAGCCUUACAACAAAGAGAAGGGCAUUCGAUAUCAUCAUGGCAAUAAGAAGACUCGAGGAGGAAAAGAAGAUUCUUGUUAGAGAGAUGGACCAUCACUGGAAAUCUCUUUCAAAAUAUGAUGAUACCCUGAAAGAGCUGUCCGGCCUGUUUUCCAGUGAGAUAUUUAAAAGUUCGCAUUGUGGCCUAAGUGAGGAGGGUUUGAGAGGUCUACAGAGCAUCAUCCUCAGAAAACGACAUAAUGUGAAACAAAACAAGCUGCACGCAAGACAGUGUUACAUGCAAGUUUUGUCAGGAGCAAAGAACAUUAACCUUGAUCAUACUUCCGACGAUGACUUUUACAGUGACUCUGUAAUAUAUCAGUUUGUCCUCAAAGUUAUAUCAACUUCCUACCUAGCAGGUUUACUGCUGGGGGCCCAAAUUUUUUCAUGUCUGCCAUAGACCA